UUAUGAUAUUGGAGCCUUGCAUUAGAUCGGUCUUAUACCUUGGAAAUAAAGAUGCCACAGAGUGGUUUUUUGAGAAUAUAGCUUACACAGCCAGGUCUAGUGACUCUAAUCAACAGUUGUGUAAUUGAAGUAGGAAAGUUAUAUCAUAAUAAGACACCUCGGACUUGUAGGAGUUAGAAGUGAGCACCAGUUUUUAAUAAGUUUUGAUGGAGUAAGGAAAAUGCACCAAUGUGUCAAGAUGAAAUGGAAUGGAGACUGACAGACAAACAAGUAUAUAGAAUUCCAGUACAGUGCUGAAGACUAUUGAAUUUGGAGCUUAUAAUUGUGUUGGGAAUUCAAAGGAUUCUUUUUCGCCCAGGAGCAGUAUGGCAUAAACGACAUACAUUUGACCAACUUGGCAGCUUCCUCCUGUAUCAGGAUAGAGUGUGCCCUAUGACCGCUGGAGCUGAGAGUAGCGGGUUAAGCCCAGCUGAUACAAUGAACAACGACACUGGUCUCUCCGGGCCCAGCCCACAUGGGAAACGGCCCACUUCCCCCAACGACCAGGCACAGGAUCUCGCGAUCAAGAAACAUCGGACAGAGCCAGUAAAUAGUGAGGACGCAGAGGAGGCCAACAGUCACAGCAUCACAGAGUUACAGCCCCUGGUUCACAGUUGCCAUAGUAACGGAGACGAGUGUACAUCACCCAACCCACCGGAUAGACAGGAAUCUACUGAACACAGCACUGACACACACACCAAUGGAACUGAUGGUGACCUUCCCGGGCUUGUCACAGCGGGAGACUCGGUUCUCAGUGCGGGUGACCCGUGGGUGAUGCAAGGAGUGGCUGGUCCACUUACAGUGAUAACAAUAAAGCCUCAUCCGGGCGACACGUCAUUGACGGGCGGUCCUCUCUCCCCAGGGGAGGUUAUAACAAUCCCCCUUGAGUGGCUCACAGGUGACAAGGCACUAGCGAGUCUUCACAACCCAAAUCUUAUUGCAAAUUUUCUUCAAAGUUCGGUAGCACAGUACUCACAACUACUUCCUGUCCAACCACCCAGCCAGACAUCUAGUUCCCCAGACGGGCCAGCAGACGGUACCCUAAAACACGAGACAUCAGACUCACCCCCCGCGGCAACAAGUGUCGGCACUGGAACAAGCUCCUCGGAGACCCUGACCAACAUGCAGGCGUUUACUAACCAGUGGUAUAACACUGCGGCCCAGAACUACCCGGGCUACCAGACUCCUCCUGACAUCAAGGUAAAGCAGCCACUGCCUGGUCUGCAGUAUGCUCCGGGAUAUUCCCCGGUGACCACGUACCCCUCUGGUGUUUCACCCUUCCCUUACACAGGGAACAACUCGUAUGGCGGCACGACCAACAGUACCACAUCAUCCUCAGCUUACUCACAACAGCAGGCUGUUGACAGUUACCAGAACUACAGCUAUCAGUCGGCCCAAGCCCAGGCGCAGGCGUUGGCGGGCUACUACCCCUACCCCUUCUCCUCCUCCCUGCCUGGGUCAACCACCGCAGUGCCUUCUAGCAACCCCACAUAUGUGCUAGACCUGCCCAGGGAAAAUACAAUUAAUGCUGCUUGUGAUGAUGUAUGUCGGACGUUACAUUCUUCAGUGGCGAGCACACAGGGGUCACAUAUGGACCUCCAAUCUCCGACUAACUCUACAGGUGACCCGAGUGGCCAGUACCAUCCCAUCCCCUCCUCACCAUCACCCACCAGUUCACAGUCUGGACGUACAGGCAAGAAUCCUAAAAAUAAGCCAGGGGGCGGUCGGCGCCCAGUGCCAUCCCCAGGGCCGGAGUCUGACCUUGAACGUGUGUUUAUAUGGGACCUUGAUGAAACCAUCAUCAUCUUUCACUCGCUCCUCACUGGAUCAUAUGCUCAACGUUAUGGAAAAGAUCCUCAGGCCUCUGUACAGUUAGGGUUACGGAUGGAAGAGUUAAUAUUUAGUUUAGCUGACACACAUCUAUUCUUCAAUGAUUUAGAGGAGUGUGACCAAGUUCAUAUAGAUGAUGUAUCGUCAGAUGAUAAUGGGCAAGAUUUAAGUUCAUACAACUUUGUUGCGGAUGGAUUCCGGAAUAACCAAGGGGCUCCAAAUCUUUGCUUAGCAACUGGAGUACGAGGAGGAGUUGAUUGGAUGCGCAAGCUCGCGUUCCGAUAUCGCAGAAUAAAGGAGAUGUACAACACUUAUAAAAACAAUGUUGGAGGAAUGCUAGGUCAACAGAAAAGGGAUGCGUGGUUGCAGCUGCGACAAGAGAUUGAGACGCUGACAGACAACUGGCUAACUCUCGCACUGAAGUCGCUGUCCAUCAUCAGCUCACGGUCUAACUGUGUGAAUGUGCUAGUCACGACGACCCAACUGGUGCCUGCCCUUGCAAAGACCCUGCUCUACGGCCUAGGUGGCGUGUUCAACAUUGACAAUGUAUACAGUGCCACCAAAAUAGGUAAAGAGUCCUGCUUUGAGCGUAUUGUGUCACGGUUUGGCAAGAAGUGUACAUACGUCGUUGUUGGCGACGGUCGAGACGAAGAGGCUGCUGCAAAGCAGAUGACGUGGCCGUUCUGGCGAAUAUCAAACCAUUCCGACCUAGCUGCCCUUCAUCAUGCGCUUGAACUCAACUACCUCUAGGAACGACACUUAGAUGUUUCCGUAUAAUAACCUGACAUGAAUAUUGCUGAUGCAUGUGUUAUGUUGUGUUGUUAUGGCUGGGGCAUAUGCCACUAUGAAAAGUUCCUGUGAACUGAGUUUUAAAUGCUGUAUGGGGAAAUUAGUGAACUGUUUGAGCACAACACUGCACUUCACAGAAGAACUCCGACUUGUGUAUCUUGUUGAAUUAAAGUGAAUCACACUUCAAAACUGCAAAAGCAAGAGUUAUUCUGUGUUAAUUCUUGUAUUUCUCAAAACCAAAGAUAAUUAGUUAGGAUUUUAUAAUUACUUUUGUGUCUUAAUGUGGUUUGUAGACUCAAAAUGGUGCAUAAUCAUGAGAUUACUAGUUGACACGGAGAGCCAGGAUAUGUAUUCAUGCAGUGGGGACGGAAAUAUCAUAUAAAGUAACUUGACAUACCGUGAUCUCAAAGGUACAUGAUGAUGGGAUGGAAUUGAUUGUUUGGAGAAUUGGGUGCAGAUGCUGUGAUAGAAAUCGUAUCAUGUCAGGAGUUCAAGUGUGUACCAUGUGACUUAAAAAUGAAGGCAUGUGAUUGGUUGUCGGACUGACAAUGUGACACUUAUUAUGGUCAGGUGACCUGUACCAUGUGCCUGACUGAUAGUCACAUGACCUUGUGAGUUGCUAAGUUACUACCUGAUGAAGGAUACAUUAUCCCCACUCGACUGUUACAGACGGAAAUAGAAUGAAAAUGUUGUGGUGAAUUGAGUCAGCAUUAACAGGAACUAUUUUUAAACCAAAGAUCAUUUUGUUAUCACUUUCUUCGUGAUAGACUGUACAGUUCAGAGUUUUCAUGUAAGUCUUACAUGUUCACCAAUGAAUUAUUUGUAUAUACUUGUGAAGUAUUUCGCCCAUUUCAAUACAUAUUUUGUGUACUUUUUAUGUACAAAGUUUUAACUAAUUGCCCAUAGUAUAUAUAUCUAUAUAUAUUGUUGAGAUGUGCCAUUUGUUUGUGUUUUACAUUUAUUUGUUGUCCCUGAUAUUGGCUUAUCACUAUUUCUGUCACAUAUCUGAAAAUUACUUUAUUGGACCAUGCUGUCAGUAAUACCAUACGUAAUCAGUAUUCAUUUACUGAUUUCGUGGCUUUUCUUCGACUAAAUUUUAAACAACUUCAAACAUUUUAGCUGUUUCCAUCAUAUUUUACUUAAAAGUCAGUGUUUUAUUUUUGUUUGUGCAAUAGUAAACUGUAGGAUGUAAUUUCUUAGAUGUAUUUGAUAUAUUUUCACGUUUCCCAUUUGAAAUGCAGUAUAAAAGACGAAAUUAAUUUUAUAAAUUAUUUUACUUUCAGUAUGUACAUUUAUUUUAUAGUUUACAAUGCCAUAUUGUUUUUGAUGUUUCUACACAUGUGACGUUACUAUCCAUAACAUAUCAUGACGUUUUUUUUGUUGUACUUUAAAACUGUUUUUACUUUAAAACUGUUUUUUUUUGUAUUACGUUGAAGAACAGGGAAUAGUAACAAUUGAUUUCAUAUCGGGCAGUUCGUACUUUAAAAAAAUUAUUAGCACAAUCAUUAAAAUGACCUUGACCACCAUCUGGCAUGCUUGUGUUUUAAUCAUGGUAAUCCUUACGCAGGCCUCAAUCUGCUUUGUGCAUUAUGAUAAAAAAAGACCUGGAAGUCUGCUGCCUCUGUCAGAACUUUUUGACACAUUAAAACAGAGACAUCUAUUAUUCCUUUUUAAGACAAAUGUGAAUGGACAUGAUUAGAGAUGUGCAUGGAGUUGUGCAUGGACAAUGUACCUUUAUACAUUCAGCGCAAAUUUAGCUUUUCAUUUUAUAAAAUUUCUGAUACACUUUGCUCAUUAUUUCUUUCAUUUAAUUUGCAUACAGUAAAAUAACCGUGAGUCCUCUUUACAUUAUUUCAUUUAGUUAAUGUUUUUGGCAACAAUUUAAGUGUUACAGAAGUAUUAAAGAGCCAGUAAAGUAUUGUAGUUUUGCCUGAUUUUUCAUAGUUAUAGAUUUACGGGCAUGCAGUUUGCAAUUGGUCAUUUGGGUGUCUGUUAAAAAAAAUUGUUCGAUUUUUUUUUCAUAAAUACAGCAGUUUAAUACGAUCUUCAUGAAACUUGGUCAGAAUAUUUUCAGCAUGAUUUUUAUGACCAAUGCUAAUAUGGUAAACAAAAACUGGGUCACUGGGUCAACUAUUAAGGACAAAAAUUGGUGUUAAAGUUUCUUAUUCUUUCACAAAUUCAACUGGCUUCAAGAAACUCUGUCAGAAUAUUUCUCUGUCAAACUAUAGGUCACUAGAUCAAAUCAGAAAAUAUUUGUGUUCAUAAAUUCAACAAUUUUUAUCUGAUCUUUAUCAAACUCGGUCAGAAUAUUUAUCAACAUGAUAUUUAAGACAAGUGUGAAUAUGUGUCAGCUAAGGUCAAAAACUAGGUCGGACCAGUAUGAAUAUGGGUCAGCUAAGGUAAAAAAAUGGUCGGACCAUCGUGAAUGUGAAUCAGCAGCAUUUACUUUUUUUUCUUCAUUAAACAUACAUGCUGCUGCAAAAAAGCAUUUGUCAGAAUGAAAAAUCCGACUUUAAUGCAUUAACCUCUUGUUUUAAUCCAGUAUUCAUGUAAAAAUUAACAUUUUUUUGUAAAAAAAAAGGUGUUAUGUUUUCAAAAAUGUUAGCAUUUAGAAUAAGAUCAUGGUAUUAGAGUGGUGGUAAACAUAUACUGUUGCCUAGUGCCUGGUCGAAGACAAUCAUGUAAACAAGUAUUUGUGAAGUUUUCAGGUCUACAUUUUAGUAUACUUCAUGUAAAUCUCUUGGUGUUAAUAUCUAAAUUGUGCCUGGGUUGGUUUUUACAUUGUUUCAGCAUUAUUUCUGUUGUUAAAAUAAGGAAAUGGACACUUUAUUAUAUGUUUUAUGAAUGAAAUAGUUAUUAUCCUUGAUCAAUAUGUUAUGCGUAAAAUUAUUUGGCUACACUAGCUGAAUAACAAAUGAGUUGAUCUAAAAAUGCUAAUAACACACUACAGAGACUAUGUUUGUACAGCAAUUUGAAGAUACUUCAACAAUGUAGUCCAUAAGCACAGUAAUGAUUUGUUUUAAGGGUAGUUUCAGUUUCCACCAGUGCUUAUAGCAUUGUGUUGUUAAUUGCAUUGUUCUAAAAUAGAAUGUUUUAACUCAUACUUAUGUUAUCAGUGUGUCUUGAGUGUUGACAUUUAAUUAAACCAUAUUACAUUAUUGUGUACUAUACUAUUGCAAGAAAGAGAAAAUAAAUAUAUGUUAAAA